AUGGUUCUAUUUCAUUCAAAUCGGUAUUAUUCCAUUUUGAUUAGUGCUACUCACAUAUUCAAAGUCCAAUGCCUUGUCAUCUAUGGAAAGCAAUCGUUGACAAUAUUAUCACGGAUAAAACUGUCAGUUGAAGACACAGAUAUGGGUAUCUACUCUCAAAUUGUCUUUUACUUCCUCUCUUUCUCUAUUCGUCGUCUAGGGGCUUGGCUGACGAUUAAGCAGAAAAUGCGUCCCCUCUCUCUUUCGUCUUGGUAUGACAGCAUUCUCGCUCGAGAUGGUCUGUUCUUUCUUUCUUUCUUUCUUUUUUCCUCUCGUGCUUUGUUUAAGGGCUUGGUGACAGUUGAAACUGCUUUCUUUCUCUUCGAUAUAGCGACGUUCCACAUACGUCGUCAAACGGGUCCAUCCAUUCGACUCGGGGACGAAUUCUCCUCACAAUUUCGCAAACACAUCUUUUCGGCCCAUAUGCCGAGACAUUUGACAGACGUCCUACCGGCCCGCAAGCCCGGUCAAGACUAA